CUCUCUUCCGUCUCCUUCGUCCCUCCUUCCUCGACGCCCCCCAACAUGUACCACCCUUCCUACCCUCUUCUCCGUCAUAAAACCCCCCAAGUUUCCAAACCCUAACCCUAAUUGCAUUCGCUUUAGGGUUCUAAUUCAAUUCAGGGUUUAAUUCAGUCUCGGGUUUCGUCUCAACCCACCUCCCCCCGAAAAUGGGGUCAAAAGGCGCCUCCUCUCUGCCCACAACCCCAAAAUCAGGGGCCGGAUUAAGAAGAGUUUCGACAGGAAUUGAUAAAGAUCACGACACGGGCCACGAUACCCCGCUACCGCCUCCGUCGCCGUCGGCCAACUCGACCCCUGCCCUGGUUUUAUCCAAUUCCGGCAAGCGAAUGGAUCAAACCGGCACCAACAGCAGGAAAAAGUACGUGAAGCAGGUCACCGGCCGGCACAACGACACGGAGCUCCAUUUGGCGGCGCAAAGGGGGGAUCUCGCUGCUGUUAGGGGGAUUUUGGGGGAGGUUGAUGCUCAGAUGACGGGGACCGGGGUUGAGUUUGACGCGGAGGUGGCGGCCAUCAGGUCGGCGAUGGUGAAUGAGUUGAAUGAGAUGGGGGCGACUGCGCUGUUCAUUGCGGCGGAGAAGGGGUAUUUGGAUAUUGUGGUGGAGUUGUUGAGGUACACGGAUAGAGAGAGCUUGGCGAGGAGGAAUGGGUCGGGGUUUGAUUCGUUGCAUGUGGCUGCGAGAGAGGGGCAUCGAGCUAUUGUGCAGGUACUCUUGAACCACGACCCGACACUUAGCAAGACUUUAGGCUUAUCGAAUGCAACUCCACUUAUAUCUGCAGCAACAAGAGGUCACCUUGAUGUAGUAAACGAGCUUCUCGCUCACGAUCCUAGUUUGAUUGAGCUAUGCAAAUCUAAUGGGAAAAAUGCCCUUCAUUUUUGUUCCCGGCAAGGGCAUGUUGAUAUUGUGAAAGCACUGUUGGAAAAGGAUCAACAGCUUGCUAGAAGAACAGACAAAAAAGGCCAGACUGCUUUGCACAUGGCAGUGAAAGGAACAAACAUUGGUGUAGUUAGAGCUCUUGUUGAUGCUGAUCCGGCGAUUGUUACGUUACCAGAUAAAUUUGGUAACACGGCACUGCAUGUGGCCACUAGGAAGAAGCGAGCGGAGAUUGUGAAUGUUCUAUUACUCUUCCGAGAUACCCACGUGAAUGCAUUGACAAGAGACCACAAGACUGCUUAUGACAUUGCAGAAAGCCUACCCCUUUCCGAAGAAUCUCAAGAGAUUAAGGAAUCUUUAUACCGUGCUGGCGCUGUCAAGGCCAACGACCUAAACCAGCCUCGAGACGAGCUGAGAAAGACCGUGACAGAGAUCAAGAAGGAUGUACAUUUUCAAUUAGAACAAACAAGGAAAACCAACAAGAAUGUCUAUGGUAUAGCCAAGGAGCUCAAAAAACUUCAUAGAGAAGGUAUCAACAACGCAACUAACUCUGUAACUGUUGUUGCUUCUCUCUUUGCCACUGUGGCAUUUGCUGCAAUUUUCACGGUGCCCGGUGGUUACGAGGAUAAUGGGGUUGCCGUUUCUAUCGACACUCCUUCCUUCAAGAUUUUCUUCAUAUUCAAUGCUAUUGCACUCUUCACAUCGCUGGCUGUGGUCGUGGUUCAAAUAACACUUGUUCGUGGGGAAACAAAAGCAGAGAGGAAAGUUGUAGAGGUGAUAAACAAGCUAAUGUGGUUGGCUUCAGUUUGCACCACUGUGGCUUUUAUUGCAUCCUCAUAUAUUGUGGUAGGCCGUCACUUUGAAUGGGCAGCUAUAUUUGUUACAUUGAUAGGAGGACUUAUUAUGGCUGGGGUUCUUGGAAGUAUGACAUAUUAUGUCGUGAAAUCUAAGCGAAUUCGUAGGAUAAGAAAGAGGGCAAAGUCAUCUAAGAGGAGUGGGUCGAGCUCUUUGCGUUAUAACUCUGAGCUAUCUGAUUCUGACAUUAAUCCAAUUUUUGCUAUAUGAAGAGGAGGAAUAUUUUAUUGAUUUCCUGAUAACAGGGCGAAGCCUGAUGUCUUAUUUGAUGGUAGCUGACUUAUGUUCGAAGCUCUGUUUGUGUGUAUAUAUGUACUCAGAUAAUUUUUUAUCUGUAUCAUUGAAAUGGUCAACAGAAAAAGUGAAUUCAUUUGCGUUA